AUGUCAGAGAUCCGGGCUAGUUAUCACUUCCGCCGCCCGGCACCACCACAAACUCAGCGGAUCCAGAUGCUUGAGGUGCAUCUGCGAUAUGUCCGCUCGUUCUUGCAGGAUGCUGCUCGGAAAGUUCCGCCCGAACUUGGCAUUGACUUUGAAGAUGUGCUGCGGAAGAUCAGUUCCGCGGCUCCUGAUGUGCCUUCGCCGGGCCAUGAUGGCGACGUCGUGAGCAGAUCUGCGUUCAAGGACCUGUUGGAACCCGACAAUGCUUACAACAACAUCGUGUCGCCGCUCGAUCCCCAGGGGCCAUCGCAGUUCUCCUUCAUGCUGCAACUCGUCCAGGCAAUAUCUGGAAGCGGGAAUCUGUCCGACAGCGAGUCAUCCGUCCUAGAAAGUCUCUUCAGCGGACCUUUGCCUGAUAUUGACGACAUGGACCGCGUCUCACUCCCACCACGACAACUUUCGAUGUCGCUGAUCGAUGCCCUCUUUGCUGGCCAGCAUACCAUGCCGAUCUUCCUGCACGAGCGUUACUUUCGUGACAUGGUUGACCUGGUGUACAAGGUACAGUCGUCACAUGACGCUAUCGAUCGUUUUCUUCCUCUGCUGCAUUUCACGCUGGCGUUGGGGUACCUGUACGCGAAGCCUGAACAUCAAGCUGCAGGCUGUGAGAAUGCACAUCGAGAGGCUUUCCGACAUUAUCAGGCUGGGCAAGAGCUGCUUCAGCCCCUCGACAUGAGCAGCCUCAAUGGACUGCAAACGGUACUCUGCGGCAUCGCCUUUUUGAUAUCAACCUGCCGUCUCACAGUGGCGCAUCCCCUCAUCGGCGUUGCCUGCUCUUUGGCCCUCCGCCUCGGACUGCACACAAAGAGCGAUGGGCUGUCGUCGGAAGAACAGCAGCUCCGCUUGCGGGUGUUUGCUGCGGUGCUCCACGCCGACCUCUAUGCGAGUCUUGUCAUGGGGCUACCAACAUUCCUGCAUCCCCAGAAAUCUAGCUUGGCUCUUCUCGACGAGCUUGCCUUGGCGGCAUACCACCAACGCGACUGGUACACUGCUUCGACAACGGCGCAGGUACAGCUUCUGGUGUUAGCCAAGGCCAUCGGAGACUCCAUGAUGUCGGCCGAGGGAUCGGAAACAGGUGGUUCCAGCAACGCUUACGUGGGGAUCAAAGAUGCAGCUGCGCGCUUGCGAAGCUGGAGAGAUGGGGUCCGACCUCUGCUGUAUCAGCUCGAGACGAGUGAGCCGGCUACAGUCUUCAAAUAUGAGCUUGAAAUGCUUUACAAUUUCAGCUGCCUCGUCCUCUGGCGCCCAUCAUUGCUCGACCUAUGCAAUAAGGUCAAUAUGGGUAAAGCUUUCGAUCUCGCCAGCUCAGAGGUGACUUUUGCUGGUGCUUGUAUCAGAUCAGCCUCGGCGACAACUUCGAGAUCCAGAGAGCUGGCACAGAACGGAAGCUUGAGCCCCGUUUCCUGGCCCGCAAUCUACACCAUCUUCUUGUCUUGCGUGUUUCUGACGGCUCUGUUGCCUCUCGAUGACCUUGCAAGCGGACUUGAUGACAUGUACCGACCAUUGACAGAGGGCUUGAAGUUGCUUGUCGAGUGCAGGUGCGGAGACGCAAUCGCAUCUUCUUCUUUUCAGGUCUUGAAAAUGAUGAUCAGCAGACUACCGGAUGCUCAAUCCAUCGACGUGGACGGUAUUGAAGCCUCGGCUUCGGGGUCAUGCGGCGACCAUCAGCAAGACAUCGAUAUGGGAGAGCAUGCACCCGGCAGACAGGACGAUAUUCUUUCACUUUUGAAUGCCAGAAGCCAGGAAACGGUCUCGAUCGGGACAAAAAGUCGUUCUCCUCCUAGCAUGCAGUAG